AUGAAAUCUCCGGUCGGAUCGGUCCUCAUCACCGGCUGCAGUGAUGGAGGUAUUGGCUCUGGCCUGGCCCUCGUCUUCCACGAACGAGGCUACCAUGUCUUCGCCACAGUCCGCGACCCAGAGAAAGCGAGUGCUCUCAAAAACCUUCCUAACGUCACUUUGUUGACCUUGGAAGUGACCAAUCUGAGUGAUAUCCUGGCAGCAAGGCACGCUGUUUCUGUGCAGACAGGCGGUACACUCUCCUACUUAAUCAACAACGCUGGACGCAAUCAUUUCAUGCCUCUCCUGGACGAGGACAUUGACGCUGCAAAGGAAAUAUUCAAUAUUAAUGUCUGGGGUCCGUUGGCCAUGACUCAGGCAUUUGCGCCGCUUCUCAUCAAGUCUCGUGGUACCCUUGUGAAUAUCACUUCGAUCGCCGGCCAUGGAGCAAUUCCGACUUUGGGCUCAUACGGUGCCUCCAAGCGCUGCCAGGAACAUAUGGCAGAUGUACUUCGUCUUGAACUCUCUCCCUUUGGCGUCAAGGUUCUAUCCGUUGUGACUGGUGCCAUCACAACAAAUUGUCUAACUUACUUCCAAGACUGGGCCCUUCCCCGAGACUCACCAUACAUUGAAAUCGAAGAAUUCUUUUCCAAGUUUGUGCAUGAUACCAACGGAAUACCUCGUACACCUCUCGAAAGCUACGCCACCGAUGUCGUGGACAGUAUUUUGGGUGGCAUGACAGGCCGAAUUUGGGUGGGUGAGAGAGCCGAGAAGAUGAAAAAUGCUUCUUUUGGGGGUGAAUUGGCUGUUUUGAGGGAUCAGCGCCUUAUGAAGGGAUUUGGUUUGGAUCGGCUCUUGAAGUAG